GUACCACGCACAUCAUUCCUCGCCCUCACGACCACAUUCAAGCCCUCAAUAGCCCGACAACAUCCUUUCGCACGACAGAGGACAUCUACGAGCACCGCACGCGAAUCCCUUGGGACCCGCGAAGCCCGAAGCGGCGCAUACUGCACGCAUCGCGUACGAGAGGCCAUCUGGCCGCGUGUCUCUAACCUCACCUGACCCUCCUUUCGACCAUCUACCACUGCCCUUUCACUACGCCACAAUGACCAGCACGGCGACGACGACGGUCACCACCACCAUCCAAGAUCGCACCCCCGAAUUCCGCUCCAUUCUCUCCCAGGCCCAGAAGUCGCUUGCACGGCAACGGAAAGUCGGCCAGCCACAAUCACAACCUCUCCUCAAUGCUACACAACAGCAGAAUGGCAGUGCCACCCCUCCCACACGAAAACAGCGGAGCGAGUUCGCGCGCAAUGCCGCUCAGAUCGGACGAGGAAUUAGCGGAACCAUGGGCAAGCUACAACGCUUAGGGGAACUGGCGAGGCGAAAGACGCUCUUUGACGACCGGCCGGUCGAGAUCGCAGAGUUGACAUUUGUCAUUAAGCAAGAUCUGGCAGGCUUGAACCAGUCGAUCGGCCGAUUGCAGCAACUCUCCAAAGUGCAGCACGCAUCCGGCGGGAGUAGUAGUGCAGGCGGCGGCAAGACGGGCGCGCAGGAGGAAGAGCACAACAAGAAUGUCGUCGUCCUCCUCCAAGGCAAACUCGCGGAUGUCAGCGUGAAUUUCAAGGAAGUUCUCGAAGUGCGCACCAAGAACAUCCAGGCGAGCCGGAGCAGACAAGACAACUUCGUCUCCUCCGUCUCCCAACAAUCCUCCGCACAAGCAUCACACCUUGAUCCCGCCGCCCGAACAGACUCCCCCCUCUACUCCACCCCGACUUCACGCAACCGAACCCCGAAACCUGGCGAGCAAUCAAAAUCCUCAGGCGACGCUGUCCUCAGCCUGGAACCAACUAGCGGCUCCUCCUCUGCCCUCUACGCCAACUCUUCCUCCCAACAACAAAUGCAACUCCUCGAAGAGCAAGCGCCAGCAUCCAACAGCUACAUCCAGCAACGGGGCGAAGCGAUAGAAGCCAUUGAGCGCACCAUCAACGAGCUCGGCAGCAUCUUCGGCCAAUUGUCGCAGAUGGUCAGCGAGCAGGCCGAGCAGAUCCAGCGCAUCGACGCUAACACCGACGACGUGGUCGACAAUGUCCAAGGGGCGCAGCGGGAGUUGAUGAAGUAUUGGAAUAGCGUCAAGGGCAAUCGGUGGUUGGUGGCGAAGAUCUUUGGGAUCUUGAUGAUUUUCUUCUUGGUCUGGGUGCUGGUUGCUGGGUGAGGUGUUUCAUGUUCGUUUUGGUGUUCACUUUGUACAAUGCAGGAGUCUUUCCUGGCAGCAUUUCCGGCGACUGUGACGAUAC